AAAGCAAUUGAAGAGAUUUUCGUAAAAGCUCCGGGGUUGUUCAAUGAAUGUACUGAAGCAACAGAGAAUGGGUUUUUCCUGCUGACGCUGACGACAUGUGUGUGACAUGCAGUCAAGUAUUGAGCCUCGGUGUGACUGUACAGGAGCCAUAAAUGUGUUUACCUGCACGGGGAAAAACGGUACUUUCAAAUGCCCUCCCUCAAAGCAAAACUCGCAAAUCUGACACCGAGGGAACUCAAUUCGCAGGCUGCGAAAGGAUAUCUUUUGGCGAAAGCGAUCGGUUUGUGAAAGCAGAAGGGAAAGAGGCUUCCAAAUCGCUGCAGCAAAUGGCAACUUGCGCAGUGUCGAACUAUGGCAACGUGGCAGAGGCUGCCUCAGACUCGGACGACGAGGACAAGCUACACAUCGUGGAGGAGGACAGCUUACCGGACGCCGGUGACGGGGACAGCAGCCCCCCUGAGGACGAGUUGGCACAUAAUGGCGCCGCAGAGCACGAGGAGGUCUGGGAGGAAGAAACUCUGGUCCUGAAGCCCAAGCUGGGAUACAAAGUGAAGGACGAGUGUGGUUCGGAUGGGGAGGAGGAAGGCAGCACGGACGCCAUGGUGGAGGAGAUGCUACAGCAGGGCGACACGGCCGUCAUCUAUCCCGAGGCCCCCGAGGACGAGCCCAGACAGAACACGCCAGAGGCCAGCGGGCAUGACGAGAACGGUACCCCGGAUGCUUUCUCUCAGCUACUGACGUGCCCCUACUGCUCCCGGGGCUACAAGCGCUACACGUCCCUGAAGGAGCACAUCAAGUACCGGCACGAGAAGAGCGAGGACAACUUCAGCUGCUCCCUCUGUAGCUACACCUUCGCCUACCGCACGCAGCUGGACCGGCACAUGACGGCCCACAAGUCCGGCCGGGAGCAGCGUCACGUGACUCAGUCCGGGGCCAAUCGGAAAUUCAAGUGCACUGAAUGUGCGAAAGCCUUCAAGUACAAGCAUCACCUGAAGGAGCAUCUGCGCAUCCACAGCGGCGAAAAGCCAUAUGAAUGUUCCAACUGCAAGAAGCGAUUCUCCCACUCCGGCUCCUACAGCUCCCACAUCAGCAGCAAGAAGUGCAUCGGCCUUCUCCCCCUGAAUGGGAGGCCUCGCCCAGUGGGCGUCGCCCCUCCGUGCUCCUCCCCAGCCCCAACCUCCCUGCCUUCCGGGCCCGGACGUGUGCAGCUCCGCGAGAAGGUUGACAAUGGCAGGCCCCCGCAGGAACCCCAGAUCAAGGCCGAGCCCACGGAUUGCGAGUAUAAGCCCCUGGUGGUGGCCUCCAGCAUCAACGGUGUCUUCAACGGCCCCACGUUCCAAGCCACCGUGGCCCCUCCCCAGGGUCUGGUGCAGGCCGUGGUGCUGCCCACCGUCGGCCUGGUCUCGCCCAUCAGCAUCAAUCUGAGCGAUAUCCAGAACGUCCUGAAGGUGGCCGUGGAUGGCAGCGUGCUGCGGCAGGUCCUGGAGAGCGCCCAGGCCAACUCCUCAGCCAAAGAGCCCGGCGUCACGGCCGCACACGUCCCCCUGCAGCCGGCCGGCCACUCCGUCAUCUCGGCCAUCAGCCUGCCCAUCGUGGAGCCAGACGGCACCACCAAGAUCAUCAUCAACUACAACCUGGAGCCCAGCCAGGUGCAGCAGGUCGUCCCCAUGCCCAAGGAGGAGGCCCCCAAGAACCCAGACGUUUGCAAAGCCGAGAAGCUCCCGGAAGACCUCACUGUGAAGCCGAGCCAGAGUGAGAAGACAGAGACGGAGAAGAUCGGGUCGGAGGCGGCGGUGGCACCGACUGGCAGCACCUGCCUCUUGUGUGACGACUGUCCUGGUGGCCUGGCCGCCCUGAACAAGCUGAACCACUGUAAAGCCUCGGCUGGUGGCUCGACAGCUGAGGCAGCAGAAGCGGAGGGCACCGACGCCCGCAUCGCGGCGCUCCUGUCCGACAGGGACCCCUCGCCCGGCCAGCCCCCCCUCAAUAACCUCCUGUCGCUGCUCAAGGCGUAUUUCGCCUUAAACGCAGAGCCCACGCAGGAUGAGCUCACCAAGAUCUCGGACUCAGUCAGCCUACCGGCGGACGUGGUCAAGAAGUGGUUUGAGAAGAUGCGGUUGGGUCAGGAGUCGGCGGGAGGGUCCGGGCCCCCCGGCCCUGCUCCGGAGCCCCCACCGUCCGAGAGCCACGGCACUGAGACCGAAUCGCCGGGCCUGGCUGAGCGACAGGCUGAAGAGGGCAAGGCGGCCGCCUGCACCAAACCUCAGACCACGCCCGGCGAACCCAGCGACGCAGACGUCGAGGAGUCGCCACCAUCACCACUAAAUCUGUCCUCCACUGGGCCUGUCAUUGUCAAAUCCGAGGGGGACUCGGAGGGCGGGGCGCAGGCGGAGCCCCUCGACCUAUCACUACCAAAGCUCUCGCGGGAAGCAGCGGAGGGUGCCGCCGGCAGCGUUUACCACAGCAGCGUUUACUCUGUUCAGGAGGAGCCCUUGAACUUGACUUGCACAAAGAAAGAGCAGCCACAGACUGACACUAUUUACGUUAGCCCACAAAGUGCCAAUCCCAUCAACAUCGUCGCCACGCAGCUGCCCACCAUCGUGGCCAUCGCCGAGCAGGGGAGUGUGCCCUGCCUGCGGGCACUGACCACCAGCAAGACCAUCCUGAUCCCACAGCUGACCUACACCUACACCACUUCAGGGACAAAUCCUACAGGGACCGAGAUUCAGCUGAGGACACCGCAGCCUAGUGGCAACCAGGAGGAGAGGCUGGACAACAGCUCCGACGGAGCCCCCGGCCCAGAGGAUCAGAAUGACUCGGACUCGACUCCCCCCCGGAAGAAGAUGAGGAAGACGGAGAACGGGAUGUACGCCUGCGAUCUGUGUGACAAGCUCUUCCAGAAGAGCAGCUCCUUGCUGAGACACAAGUAUGAGCACACAGGCAAGCGACCUCAUGAGUGCGGGGUCUGCAGCAAGGCCUUCAAACACAAACACCACCUGAUCGAGCACACGAGGCUGCACUCGGGCGAGAAGCCCUAUCAGUGCGACAAGUGCGGCAAGCGCUUCUCGCACUCGGGCUCCUACUCGCAGCACAUGAACCACCGCUACUCCUACUGCAAGAAGGAGGCGCGGGAGCGCGAGGGGCACGGGGAGUCCCCAGCCGAAGAGCGACAGACCGACAGCAGGGCCACCUCACCGCCCUCGCAGCUGGACUCGGACGACAGGGAGAGCAGCACACGCGGGGACGAGGACAGCGAGGACGAGGAAGAGGAGGAGGAGGAAGACGAGGAGGAGGAGCACAGCCUCAGUGUGAACGACGACGAGAUACAGGUGGUGCGAGUGGGUGAGGGGGAGGAAAGUGAGGAAGAGGAACAGGAGCAUGUUGGGGAAGGGGCAGAGGAGGAAGGGGAGGGGCAUCUGUUUCAGGGGGCAGUGCUAAUCAAGGAAGAGGAGGAAACACAGGAAGUAGGUCAGGCUCAGCAGGAAGUGAUGGCAAUGGAGACAGAAAAAAGCAUGGCGACCGAAGAUGAUGUCAUGGAACAGGUAAAACAGGAAGUUCUGAGCGAGACCAUAAUGCAGAGCAUAGAGGAGGGUAAUGGGAACACUGGGAAGGGCUCGGAAACGGGGGCAAAGGACGCAGAUGGAAACUGACGAGAACAACAUUUUUUCCUAAACUAAAAAAAGAGAAGAAAGGAUUUAAACCACAUUUUUGAAUAUAGGAUGUGUACAGAUCAUUGGUUGCCUCUACGCUGUGUUUCAGUUCACUACUGUGUAUAACUCCUGGUGUGCCUGAACUUAAAAAAAAAACAAAAACAAAAAAAAAACAACAACAAACUAGUAACUUUUCCAUGUGAGACA